AAUUUCCCUCUUGAACCAAAAAACCAUAAGCAACCAUGACUAUGCAGAUUUAUACCUUGAAACACCUAACUGCUAACCACCCAUGGCUACACAGAUUUCAAAAACUUCAUAAGCUUCACUCGUUAGCCUCCAUUUCUCCUUCUUCUUUCACUCAAGACGACUCACAACAACAACAUCAAAAUUAUCAAGAAGAAAGAAUUAAGGACACCCCAGAAACAAGGCUUAAUAACAAGAAGAAGAACAAGAAUAAGAAAGAUAGCAUUGAAUUGAAUGCUGAUAGCUCUAAGUCUGGUGCAUUAUUUCCAAAACGAGGCCAGAGUUUGGAGUUGGUUUGUGAGUCUUUGGCUUUUAAAGGAAAGGGUGUCUGUAAAGUGGCAGAUACUGGGUUUGUUGUUAUGUGUGACCGUGCAUUACCUGGUGAAAGGUUCAUCGGCCGAGUUACAAGAAGAAAAGGGAGCUAUGCAGAGGUAACCAAAGUGAAGACAAUAUCUCCUCAUUGGGAUAUUAUAGAGGCUCCUUGUGAAUAUGCCUCAUAUUGUGGUGGUUGUAAAACCCAAAAUUUAUCUUAUGAGGCUCAGGUUAGAGCUAAGGAACUGCAAGUUCGUGAGUUGGUGAUUAAUAUUGGAAAAUUUUCCGAUAUAGAUCCAGAAUUUGUUAGUAUUAUGAAGCCCAUUGUUCCCUGUGAUGUUAAAUUCCACUACAGAAAUAAGAUGGAAUUCUCAUUUGGUUCUAAAAAAUGGUUACCUAAAGAAUUGCUGGGUGAGAAACAAGAUGGCAGUGUGAACUAUGCUUUGGGACUGCACGCUCCAGGCUGUUUCAAUAAGGUUCUAAAUGUUGACAAAUGCUUGUUACAAAGUGAGCCUGCUAAUACGGUUCUGGCAACUGUCCAAGAUUGUUGGAGAGAUUCACAAUUUGGUCUUACUCCUUAUGAUGUUCAUUCUCAUGACGGAUUUCUCAAGCACCUAAUGCUAAGAACGGGAAGGAACACCGAGACUGGUUUGCUUGAGCUUAUGGUUAACUUUGUCACCUCAGCCUACAAACCUGAGCUGCUGAAGAUCAUUGUUGAAAAGAUUUCAGCAAUUCCAGAAGUGGUAAGUAUCGUGAAUAAUGUAAAUUCUUCUGUUGGCAACACAUCUGUGGGGGAGGAGGAAUACACUAUAUAUGGAAAAUCCACCAUCACAGAGAUCUUAAGAGGACUUACCUUUCAAAUUUCAGCCAACUCUUUCUUUCAGACAAAUACUCGUCAGGCAGAGGUUCUAUAUAAACUCAUUGAAGAUUGUGCUGGUCUCAGAGGAGAUGGCUCAGAAAUUGUUCUUGAUUUAUUUUGUGGUACUGGCACCAUUGGUUUGACACUUGCCGGGAGGGCCAAACAUGUUUAUGGCUAUGAAGUUGUUCCUCAAGCAAUUUCAGAUGCUCGCAGAAAUGCUGAGCUGAAUGGUAUCACUAAUGCUACAUUUGUGCAAGGAGAUCUUAAUAAGAUUAGUGAUUCUUUUGGCAACAAUUUUCCAAAGCCUGACAUAGUCAUUUCAGAUCCAAAUCGUCCUGGUAUACACAUGAAGUUGAUUAAAUUUUUGUUAAAGCUUAAAGCUCCCCGCAUUGUUUAUGUAUCAUGUAAUCCAGCUACAUGUGCACGUGACCUUGAUUAUCUUUGCCAUGGUGUGGAAGAGCAAAACAUAAAAGGAUGUUACAAACUUAAAAGCCUGCAACCAGUGGACAUGUUUCCCCACACCCCUCACAUUGAGUGUGUUUGCCUGUUAGAGCUUUGCUGACAGCCUGACCCUUGUUUGUAACCAAUCUAUCCACCGUCAAUGUUCAAGACUCCAUCUUUCAAGCUAAGGCUCUGCUCUGAAAUCUGAAGUAUAAGACGGUGGUCAUAUUAUGGAGUCAGACAAGUUGGUUUUGCUUCCUAUGUUUAUUUGAAGAAAAUUAUGGAUGUGCGAUACCAAGGCACAUGUACUGCGGGGAUGCUAGCCAAAGCAGGCCUCAAAUACUGCAGCUUAGUUUUUUCUUCAUUUUAGCAGCUGAAAGAGAAAACUUGUAUAGCCGGAAAAAAGAAAAGCAGGUAGCAGAUUCUUGCCAUUUGCACAUCUUCUGUACAGCGGUCGUAUACUUGCAAUGAAGUUAUUAUGCUUUUCGUAUUGGAAGUGUUCAGAGAGCUGCUUUUUUUUUUUUUUUUUCUUUUUUAUCUGAAUAUCAUUUUCACGAAUUCUUUUUGUUAGACAUGCAAAACACCCAGAAAGUGGUUGGUCUCUGAUAUGAUUUCUCCA